AUGUUGGUUUCCUUGACAGUUGGCAAGGUAGACGCGGGUGUCGCGGUCCUCCUCACCCAAGACAAUCGACUCAUUGAAUUCCCUUCAGUCCUCCUUCCGAACAACAUUAGCUCGGGCAGCAUUGUCGAUAUCACCGUUUCGCGCAACCAUGCCGCCGAAGCAGCGAGCGCAUCUGCUUUCCAAUCCCUUCAGAAGCGAAUCUUAAAUACAUACGGUGUCAAGGCCCCAUCGCCACCAAUUCUGCGCCUACGAAAUGCAACCCAGACCUCGCUCGUUCUCGAGUGGGACCCAAUCGACCUAGCCACUGCAUCCCUGAAAUCGCUCUCCCUCUACCGAAAUGGCUCCAAGGCCGGCUCGAUACCCCGCCCGCUCGAGACGCGCAGCACGAAAAUCAGUGGUCUGGCCAUUCAUUCCGAGUACUCCUUCCAUCUGGUCCUGCGGACCACCGCUGGUACAUACCAAUCGGAGAAGCUGACGUGUCGCACACACAAAAUGACCGACCUGUCCGGUAUCACUGUCACAACGGGCGUCCUUGAUCCGCAGCAGAAGGAGGCUCUCGGCGCUGCAUUGGACCGCAUUGGAGGCAAGAUGAUCGACUCGGUCCGUAUCGACACCACUCACUUCGUAUGCACGGAAGGACGGGGCGCGCAGUGGGAGAAGGCUGUGGAGAUGAACAUUCCUGUCGUAGUGCCGGAGUGGGUUGAUGCUUGCGAGACAGAGGGGACUAUUGCUGGUGUGCGUGGCUACUAUCUCAACGCAGACCCCAAGGCCCGUCAACUCGGCGUGAUCCACGGCUCAUCCCACCAGCGUACGACUUCUACACUUUCGACUGCGACAAGUGCCAACCAGGGAAGACUCAGCGCUCAACCCCAACGGAGCCCUGCGCCAGAGCAUAUUCCCGAGGAGCCUCCUCUGACUCCAUUCCCUGGGGGUGAGACGAGUAGCCAACUUCAGGCGCAGACGCAGACACAAGAGGUUAGAUCACAAGAUGAGGAAAACGACCUCCCGCCUCCUCCACCCCCGCCCAAAGAUGAAGCCGAAGAUUUAAAUGAGCCUGCUCAGAAUGGUGAGGCAAAAGCGGCACCUGUUCCAGAGGCGAAGAACGAGGAACCCGAAGCCGAAGCUGCAGAGGAGAGCAAUGAAGAGACAGAGAAAGAGCAAACACUUCCACAGAACAGGCCCGAGGAUGAGUCCGAGUCAACAAACCUCGGAGGCGCAAAGGGCAAAGGCAAAGAGAGCGAGGGUGACUUCAAUGAAGUUCCUCUCUGA